AUGGAAAGCUGUCACUCAAAUGUGAUUCCUGCUGAGCCGGUUCUACAUCUCAGUUCUGCUAUGGCCCCUAAAACCAAAGAGGAAGAAGAAAAAAUGAAGAAAGUUCCGUAUGAGAGCGCAGUUGGAGCUGUACUGUAUCUCUCAACCACGACAAGGCCUGAUAUUGCUUAUGCUGUGAGCAAAAUAGCACGGUUCAAUCAGAACCCAGGGCCUCAACUCUGGAUUGCUGUCAAACGCAUGUUUCGUUAUCUUGCCGGAACCAAGGAUUAUGGGAUAAUUUUCUCUUCAACAAAAGAACAAGGAGCGCUGGGAUUCACUGAUGAUGACUAUGGCGGAGAUCAUGACGACAGGAAGUCAACAUCAGGAUGCAUCUUUUUCCUAAAUGGUGGGCCUAUCUCAUGGUUCAGCCGCAAGCAGGAAUGCACAGCCACCUCUACAACCGAGGCGGAAUUUGUGGCCGGAAGUGAAGCGGCCAAAGAGAAAACUUGGAUCAAGUCACUGCUGGAGGAGAUCGGGCAAGGAAAACCUGGUCCCAUCACAUUAUUCUGCGAUAAUCAAGGGGCACUUAAAGUAGCAUACAACCAGGAAAUGCAUCGGAAAAUGAAGCAUAUCGCCAUCCGAUAUUGGUACAUCAGAGAAGCCAAAACUAACGGAGUAAUAAACACCAGCUAUGUGAGCACCCAGGAACAAGUAUCAGACACCUUCACGAAGCCCCUGCCUGCUCCACGUUUCUCCACGUGA